UUAAAUAAAAAUUUUGCUGAUCGAUAAUGUCCGUCUUCUUGGGAUAGGAGUCUGAACGGACGAGAGAAGUCUGUUGGCCGAAGGAUAGCUUAUACGGGACUCUGGAUCACGAACAAGUCUGACGACCUCCAUGGCUGCGAAGGCCGCCCCUCUCGGUUUACCCAAGUCCGGUGCAAUUUCCAAGGGCUACAAUUUUGCUUCUACCUGGGAGCAGAAUGCUCCUCUAACGGAGCAACAGCAAGCGGCUAUUGCCACACUCGGUCAUGCCGUUGCUGAGCGACCUUUUCCCGUUGAUUUGGCACAGGAUAGGAUAGGAGGUAAAGAAAAUGCAUUGUCUAUUUCGGUUAAGAAUACCACCAACGAUGAUUCCGAUGCUGUUGAAGCCGUUUUGGUUAAUACCAAUCAGUUCUACAAAUGGUUUUCUGAUCUAGAAUCAGCCAUGAAAUCUGAGACAGAGGAGAAAUACCACCACUACUUGAAUUCUUUAACAGAUCGCAUAAGAACAUGUGAUGUUAUACUUCGUCAGGUAGAUGAUACGCUUGGCUUAUUUAAUGAACUUCAAUUGCAACAUCAGGCUGUAGCAACAAAGACUAGAACGCUUCAUGAUGCAUGCGAUAGACUGGUAAUGGAGAAGCAGAGGCUAAUUGAAUUUGCCGAAGCACUUCGCACUAAGCUUAACUACUUCGAUGAGUUGGAGAAUAUCACUGCCAUUUUUUAUUCCCCGAACAUGAGUGUUGGAAACGAGAACUUUCUUCCCAUGCUGAAAAGGCUUGAUGAUUGCAUAUUAUUUUCUGAAAGUAAUCCCCAGUAUGCUGAAUCCAGCGUCUAUUUGCUCAAAUUUCGACAACUUCAGUCUCGGGCACUUGGUAUGAUUCGGUUUCAUGUUGUUUCUGUUCUCAAAAGUGCUUCUUCUCAGGUUCAGGCAGCUAUGCGUAGUAGUGGCAGCAAUUCUGCUGUUUCUGAGGGUGUAGAAGCAUCUUUUAUCUAUGUGCGAUUUGAGGCAGCUGCAGAUGAGCUGAAACCUGUGCUGGAAGAAAUUGAGAGCAGAUCAACAAGGAAAGAAUAUACUGAGAUCCUUGCAGAAUGCCAUAGACUCUACUGCGAGCAACGGCUUUCCCUGAUAAAAAACAUAGUGCAUCAACGGAUAUCUGAGUUUUCCAAGAAGGAGGCUCUCCCAUCAUUGACUAGAUCUGGAUGUGGAUAUCUGAUGCAGGUGUGUCAGCUUGAGCACCAGCUCUUUCAUCAUUUCUUUCCGUCUUCCUCAGACAAUGUUGCAAGUUUGGCAUCUUUAAUAGAUCCAUUGUCUACUUACCUGUAUGAUACAUUGCGUCCUCGAGUUGUUCAUGAAACAAGUUUGGACUUUCUGUGCGAACUAGUUGAUAUUCUUAAAGUUGAAGUUUUGGGAGAACAACUCAUUCAACAGCGAGAGUCGUUAGUUGGAUUACGUCCCACACUCGAGAGGAUUCUAGCUGAUGUUCAUGAGCGACUAACGUUUCGUGCUCGAACACACAUUCGUGAUGAGAUUGCAAAUUAUUUUCCUUCCGAUGAAGACUUGGAGUAUCCAGAAAAGCUUGAGAGAACUGCAGUGGAAUUGGCAGAAAAUACUUCUGUUGGCAUGAGUCAAGGUGCACCCAAGGCUUGGUAUCCACCUCUAGAUAAAACUUUAUCAUACCUUUCAAAGUUGUAUCGUUGUCUAGAACCAGUUGUAUUCACUGGUUUAGCCCAGGAAGCUGUAGAAGUUUGUUCUACAUCUAUUCAAAAAGCAAGUAAACUUAUUGCAAAAAGAUCGUCGCCUAUGGAUGGGCAACUUUUUUUGAUAAAGCACUUCCUCAUUCUAAGGGAGCAGAUUGCGAGUUUUGAUGUAGAAUUUUCGGCAACUCACAAGGAACUCGAUUUCUCUCAUGUCUUGGAGCAUCUUAGAAGGAUUCUUAGAGGUCAAGCCUCUCUGUUUGACUGGACUAAAUCAACCUCAUUGGCAAGGACGUUAUCUCCACGAGUUUUGGAGAGUCAAAUUGAUGCCAAGAAGGAUCUGGAGAAAAACUUGAAAGCAACCUGUGAAGAGUUUAUUAUGUCUGUCACUAAGCUGGUUGUGGAUCCCAUGCUUUCAUUCGUUACCAAGGUGUCUGCUGUCAAAGUGGCAUUAUCGUCAGGCAAUCAGAACCAAAAGUUAGAACCCGCGAUGGAGAAACCACUAAGGGAUCAGGCUUUUGCCACUCCAGAUAAGGUGGCUGAAUUAGUUCAAAAGGUUAAUACUGCUAUCCAGCAACAGUUGCCUAUGGUUAUGGAAAAAAUGAAACUCUAUCUGCAAAACUCUACCACAAGGAUGAUCCUCUUCAAUCCUAUAAAAGUGAACAUUGUGGAAGCUCAUCUACAAGUUCAAAAUCUGAUAAAGGCAGAUUACUCUUCUGAAGCAAUCAAUAUGACUCCCAUUCAUAUUUUGCAAACUCAACUUGAUAAUCUUCUGUAGAUUGCUGGCCUAGUUUUAUUCUAUUUCCAACAGUAGCAUCCAUUUUCACAAAUGUUUUAUUCUUUGCAAGAAUGUGUAGUUUUUUGUUUGUAAUUCAAUGUCUAGCCUUCAUGCACUUGUUGCCUUCUUUUUUGAAACAUUGCUUGGAAAGUCAAAAUGCCAUUUUCUCAUUAUUUUCAGAAAUAACUUAAUUUCAAAUGUUUACUCGAGUAUAACUGAUUAUUUACCCUUCA